GGAGGUGAGCUCUUUACUGCAUCUUCCUUGUCUCUUCCGAGCCAACUGUAGUUCUAAGCCCUGACCUCCUUGUCCCCUACUUUUCACCUACUGCGCAGGCACUCUCCGGGUACUCCAGAUGCUGUGACUGGGAAAAACUGGAUUUGAGUAUACCAUAAUUGAAGAAAAAUGAUGGAAGAGAGUGGAAUAGAGACAACACCCCCUGGGACUCCUCCACCAAACCUCGCAGGCCUGGCCGCUGCCGCCAUGUCCUCCACGCCCCUGCCGCUAGCUGCAACCACUUCUGUUUCUUCUCCCAACGUGUCCUCCGUGGAGUCCUUGCCGCCACAGGCGUAUUCCACUCCUCAGCCGUCCCUCCCUCCUGGGGGACCCUUACCUUUUGCACCUCCCGCACCAGUUCCUUCUGUCGCACCCCUCGUGACGUCCGGAGCGCCUCCUGUUUCUCCACCGACCGCAGCUGCGCUCAGCAAUCCUCCAUUGUUACACUUCCCACCUUCGACUUCUGCCCCAAGUGUCCUUUUAUCUGCGCCACCUUCCGGUCCUCCUAUAUCAGGAUUUUCUGUCGGUUCAAAUUAUGACAUUACAAGGGGACACGCAGGAAGAGCUCCCCAGACACCUCUGAUGCCGUCGUUUUCUGCACCUUCGGGAGCAGGUAUUUUACCACCUCCCAUUACUCAGCAAGCUGGUUUGACAUCUCUGGCACAAGGGACUGGGACCACAUCUGCCAUUACGUUCCCCGAGGAGCAGGAAGAUCCUCGGAUUAGUAGAGGUCCAGAUGAAGCCUCCGCUGGUGGAAUCUGGGGCUUUAUUAGGGGUGUAGCUGGGAAUCCUAUGGUGAAAUCUGUGCUUGACAAGACAAAACAUUCAGUAGAAAGCAUGAUCACAACGCUGGACCCUGGCAUGGCUCCCUAUAUCAAAUCUGGAGGUGAAUUGGAUAUUGUAGUGACCUCAAAUAAAGAAGUAAAAGUCGCUGCCAUCCGAGAUGCCUUCCAGGAGGUCUUUGGUUUAGCUGUGGUUGUAGGCGAAGCUGGACAGUCCAAUAUAGCCCCACAGCCAGUGGGCUAUGCGGCUGGAUUAAAAGGUGCCCAGGAACGGAUAGAUAGCUUGCGUAGAACCGGAGUGAUUCAUGAAAAACAGACAGCUGUGUCGGUAGAAAACUUCAUUGCCGAAUUACUACCUGACAAAUGGUUUGACAUUGGCUGCUUGGUGGUUGAAGAUCCCGUCCAUGGCAUUCAUCUAGAAACAUUUACACAGGCCACACCAGUACCUUUGGAAUUUGUACAACAGGCUCAAAGUCUAACUCCCCAGGACUACAAUCUGAGGUGGUCAGGCCUUUUGGUGACGGUGGGCGAAGUCUUGGAAAAAAGUUUACUAAAUGUCAGCCGGACUGACUGGCACGUGGCCUUCACUGGCAUGUCACGCCGGCAGAUGAUCUACAGCGCAGCCAAGGCAAUCGCGGGCAUGUACAAACAGCGCCUGCCACCCAGGACCGCGUGAGGAAGGCUGGUCUAGGGCCCGGAGACAUCCGCUCACUUUUAGCUCAAUGUUAAAUAAGACAUUGUACCUUCUUAAAUUGAAUAGCUUUAGUGAAGCCAGCAAUUUUUAUAAUUUUCCCGUAGGCUGCAAUUUUUCUUUUUCUAGAAAGGCAUGAUGUCAUUCAACAGAUGAAAAGAAAUCCUUUUUGUAAUAAUCUUAUUUCAGAUAUCAUAGUUCUCAAAAAA